CAUCUACUACACAUUUAAAUUUUCACCUUCCCCUUCUUCUUCCCCUCUACCUCCAUAGAUACCCGUCGACAAGUCUAGUAAUAUGCAAAAGUUCCCCACACAAUCACACUCCUCUUCUUCCUCCAAGAUGUCAGAGGGAUUUGAGCCUCAUCUUGAAUCCCAGACAUCCAUCAUGAGUAAGGUUGCAAAAGGAGCCUACAAACAUCUCAUUAACCACAUGCUCACACUCCUACUCAUAUAUGUCACCGUUUCCAUUUCCAUUCAAGCAGUUCAACAAGGUCAAGAUUACCUCAGUAAGCAUCUUCUCUCUCUACAUGAUCUCUCAUUCAUAUGGUACAUCAUCUCUUUCUUGCUAGUAAUCAUCACCAUAUUCACCAUUCACUUCAUGAACAAAUCUCAACCCGUCUAUCUCCUUGACUUUGCCUGUUUCAAGCCUCCCGCAAUGUAUAGGGUACCCCAUGCUACAGCAUACGAACAUGGUCGUAUCAUCUUAGCCUCACAUCAAAAAGGCGUUGAAUUCCUAGUGAAGGUCUUCGAACGAGCAGGGUUGGGUGCCGAAACUAGCUUGCCCCACCCAUUACAUUACAUACCACCAAAUCCAACUUUGAUCGGUUCUAGAGAAGAAACCGAACUUGUCAUUUUCUCAUCAAUGGAUUCUUUGUUUGAGCAAACGGGGAUUACCCCUCAAGACAUUGACAUUGUAAUAGUAAACUGCGGCCUCUUUAAUCCCACUCCUUCUAUUUCAUCUAUGGUGAUUAACAAGUAUAAGAUGAGAAGUGAUGUGAAGAGCUAUAACUUAUCAGGGAUGGGGUGCAGUGCAAGCCUAAUUUCGAUUGAUUUAGCUAGAAAUCUUCUUCGGGUGCAUCCUGAAUCAAAUGCGAUUGUUAUAAGCACUGAAAUCAUUACCCCAAAUUCUUACACGGGUAAGGUGAGAUCAAUGCUGGUUCCAAAUAUUCUGUUCAGAAUGGGAUGUGCAGCGAUCCUUUUGACUAAUAAAAGGUCCCUACGUAAACAUGCAAAGUAUAGUCUUUCACAUGUUGUCAGGACACACAAAGGAGCUGACGAUAGUUCUUAUGGUUGUAUCACGCAUAAAGAAGACAAAGAUGGAAAACUUGGCGUAGCCCUGGAUAAGGAUCUCAUGGUAAUCGCCGCUAACUCGUUGAAAUCAAACAUCAGCAGACUAGGGGUGUUGGUUCUUCCUGUGUCGGAGCAAGCCAUAUUUCUUUUCAACUUCGUAGGGAGAAAACUCUUUAAGAUGAACAUGAAACCAUACAUUCCAGAUUACACAAAGGCCAUCGAGCAUUUCUGUGUCCAUGCAGGAGGACGUGCAGUAAUCGAUAAGGUUCAAUCGAGUUUGAAGUUGACAGAUGAACAUGUGGAAGCGUCAAGGAUGACGUUGUAUAGGUUUGGGAAUACAUCAUCAUCAUCGGUAUGGUAUGAGAUGGGUUACAUAGAGGCUAAAGGUAGGAUGAAGAAAGGAAACAGGGUUUGGCAAAUAGGGUUUGGGAGUGGGUUUAAGUGUAACAGUGUAGUCUGGAAGUGUAUUAGAGACGUCGAAGUUCCAAAAACUGGGGCAUGGGCAGAUAGUAUUCACAAGUUCCCAGUUAUUGUUCCAGAUGUUGUGAUGCUCUAAGCUACGAGGUGAAUGCCUUUCUUAUUACAGUUCCUUCAAAAAUUCUAAUUAAAAAAAAAAAAAAAAAUUCUUGCACAUCUAUUAUUUCUAGUGGGGUCCUAUAUAUCUCUCUCAAAUCUUUUGAUGCUUCUUUUGAUUUCUCACUAUAUCUCACUGGGGGCGAGUGCUUGGUAUCUAAGAAUAGAUUCAAUGUAAUGAAUGAAAGAAAAGGAGACGAGAAGAAAGGACUAAGAACUACGAUUGAAUGCCUUUAUUUUGAUUGUUUGGAAUUUACUUGUAUUGUCUAUGUUUUUUGGUUUAUGAAAGCUUUUGGCAACAUUUUCUCA